AUGGUGCCACUGGACUGCACAAAAUGUGCAGGGUGCGAAGGGGAAACCUGUAACAAUUCCCCAAACCAGGAAAAUCAGAGCACAUCUUUAAACACUUUUAAGGAAAUUAAUAACCUCAGUUCCAACAGGAAAAGGAGAAAGCCUUCUGACGUCUUACCUUUCAUUGGGUUAACAGCUGCCUGUGAGCUGAACAGGAACUGCUGCCAAAAUGGAGGAACCUGUUUCCUGGGGACUGUCUGCAUAUGUCCAAAGUAUUUUACUGAUAGACAUCGUGAAUAUGAUAAGUGUAUCAGAUUCUGUGGCACGGUGAGGCAUGGGGAGUGGACCAAGGACAGCUGCCUGAUCUGUCAGUGUGUCCAUGGGGUCCUUCACUGUUUUCCUCAUGGUUUGAGAGAUGGCUGUGGUCUUACGGAAGAAAAUCCGCCUGACUGGACCCAGGUCUGA